UUAAAUAACUGCACUUUGUUAGAUCCUUUCGGCAUGUGAAAGUGAAAGUGAAAGUGAAAGCUGCUCGCUGUUAUAACAAUUACCUAUGUACUUGCUUCGGGUAACUAGUUUAGAAAUCGAAAGUUUGUUACACCACGCACCACUCUCCCUCUUACGAUGAUCGAGACUACAGAGACUACAUUGGAAUAGAGUGUCUUAGUCUCGAGUUUCUUCAUGUCUUAUUAUGUAUAUAUUCUUCAUUACUUCCCCUUUCUCCUCAUCUGUGUUACCCUCCGACGGCACUCAUUCUGAUCUUUUUUUCUCUGAUACGCGAAUUCAUUUGAGACAUUUGGACUGACCCAAAACCUCAACAAUGUGAUCCGGUAAGCUCUUUGGAUUGUCAAUUAUUUCUCAAGCUACGCGGAUAAUCCCGCCAAAAUACAGCUAGCUAGCUGCCAGGAUAUCGGAUACCACAAUGGCAGUUUUUAGCCCCUUGCAAUUCUUCAUCUUCCCAUUCCUCUUCUUCGUCGCCCUUCCGCUCGCCCUUUGCGCCGGCUUCACCACCAUCUUGGCAUUUAUGCUCCUUUUCCUACGUCUAUUCCUGGUAUAUUUCAACGUCGGAAUCGAGACGCUACGCUAUGUUUUGGUCGGCCAUGCCGCGCGCACUCGAUACAUAGCAAAUCGGCACACUCCUUCGGGGUCUCCGUCACACUCGUCGGAAUCCUCCCCUCCAUCUUCACCCGAGGCUCGACACCGGCGUCGACGCAGCAAGCUUCAAGGCAGCUAUAGCAGCGGCUCUACCACACCCCAAAACGGCUUUGGUAGUCUUGGUUUGACACCCACUUCCGGCCUCGAGAGAGACUUCGAGGGUGUCGGCGGAUGGAGAUUGGAUAGUAUAGGUGUUGGCGCGGAUGAUGCGGAUGACCAGCAGUGGUACAAUCUCAACUCACGACUAGAACUCCCUGACCGCCAACAUCAUUUUAGAUCACAUAGCGGAGGCGUCGUGUCGUUGGGAAACAACGGGCUUGGCCUUUACAUAAAGGGCGCAAAUGCGCCGACGGUCUAUGGACCAGAAGGAAUAAAAUUGCAUGCGUCACCCAACAGCUCAAGACCAAGAACGCCAACAAAUAGCAGAGCACGCAGUUUCACCAAGCUCGAUGACGGCGAGUAUUUCCCCAAGUUAGAAGGAAAGCAUGCCAGGACUAGCCGAUGCUAAGAAAGAACGAAGAUAAGACACGGCACAGACGCUCGAGGGGUUCUUCAACAAGAAAAUUCAGAUAUGAUUGGGUUUGGUUACGUUAGGUAAAUACCUAAUUACCUUAUUUGGAUAGAAGGGGUUUGGCGUUUUAUAGGAUUUUCGGGCCUCAGUCCGUAGGGAAAAUCGGGUUCAAGGUCAAAAAGUUAUGGACAACGGGUUUGAUCUCAAUGAGGGGCGAAAAGAGGGGAUUGGGCGCUACUUUGUAUCACGCCUCCAAA